AUGUGUCCUGAUUUGCAUGAAAAAGAAAACAAAAAUAGAGAUUUGCAAAAAUCAGAAUCUUUAGAAAAUACAUUAACAACUGUCGCUUCUGAAACUUUACUGCAAACGAUCAAUGUUAGGGUUAUUUCUGAUAAUAAAAGGUCAAUGACAGUAAGGGCACUGCUAGAUUCGGGUUCGCAACGUUCCUAUAUAACUACAAAAUGCGCGGAAGAUUUAGGGUUAACUAAAAUUGGACAAGAAAAUAUAGUUCAAGGUGUUUUUGGUGGGUUGCAGGGAGCUCCAAAGAUUCAUCGUUUGUUUAAGGCAGGUAUAGAAAAUUUACAAAAUUCAUUCAGCAUCGGGUUAUCUUUACUGGAGCAAUCUAAAAUUUGCAAUUACGUUCCAAAACUAAUUGACCAAAAGGUCCUAGAUUUAUUAAAAGAUAAAAAUAUUUAUAUAAAUGAUUCUGCUUCUAAAGAAUUAGAGGUUAAUUUAUUAAUAGGGGCAGACAUGUUUGGUCACAUCAUAACGGGAAACUUGGUAAACAUAAAUGAUUCUUUAGUAGCUUUGGAAACCAAGUUUGGUUGGACCGUUAUGGGGACACAAAAAAGUAAUAAUAAAAUAAACACGUUUGUUUCAACUUAUUUUACUGACUCAUUGAGUACUUUAUGGAGUUUAGAUGUUCUGGGUAUAAAAGAUCCAGCAGAGACGAAAUGUCGAGAAGAGUUAGACAUUCGCACUUUAGAAAAAUUUAAAGAAAGCACUGUGGUAAAUAGUGAAAAUAUAUAUGAAGUUUGUUUACCAUGGGCAGAAGGUUAUCCGGCUAUAACCUCUAAUUUUAAUUUAGCUGAAAAGCGACUUUUUUCUACCACAAAACGGUUACUUUCUCUGAACAAGCUUACAGAGUAUGACAAUAUAUUCCAAGAUUGGGAAAAUACAGGAAUCAUUGAAGAAGUAGAAGAAGAGCCGUUGGAAAAGAAUACGCACUACUUGGCACAUCACGCAGUUGUCAAAGAGUCCAGUUUAACUACGAAGAUCCGACCAGUGUUUGAUGCGUCAGCUAAGGAUGGUAACGGUAAUUCUCUUAAUGAUUUACUAGAAAAGGGUCCGAAUCUAAUUGAGCUAAUAAUACCUUUAAUUUUAAAGUUCAAGUUACAUAAAAUUGGGGUAACGUCAGACAUAGCGAAGGCAUUUUUGCAGAUAAGCAUUUCAGAGAAAGAUAGGGAUUUUUUACGAUUUUUGUGGUGGAAAAACUAUGAAAAAAGAGAAAUAAAAAUAUUUAGACAUUGUAGAGUAGUUUUUGGGCUAAAACCAAGUCCGUUUCUUUUAGCAGCAACAGUUAAUUUGCAUUUAGAAAUGGAAAAAACAUACACAGAAACAGCUAAUCAACUUCUUAACGCAUUUUACGUAGACAAUUGUGUUUCUAGCGUUAGGAAUGAAACAGAACUUAAAAAAUUUAUUGAUGAGUCAACAGAAAUUCUAAAGAAUGCAAAAUUUGAUCUUAGGGGGUGGACUUUUAAUGAAAAUAACGAUACGUAUGUUUCUAGCGUCAAUGAAAAAUUAGAAAAUAAGGUUAUCUCUAUUUUGGGUAUACAGUGGAAUUACCAAACUGACACUUUAGCGUGUGAUAUAAAAAAUUUAGACAGUCUUGACGAGAUUCCUAGAACAAAAGAGGCAUUUUAUCUGCAACGCAGAGAGUUUUUGAUCCUAUUGGUUUCACUGCUCCAUUUACGUUAA